GAAAUGUUAUCAUUUCAAUGCAGAAGCAGCAAAGCUUUGCCUACCAAAGGGAAAAAAAAUCUUCAGAUACUUGUACUUGUUAUCAUAUUUAUUUUAAGUACGAUUCAUGGCUUUAACAUGCAUUCCUAUAGUGGAUAUACAUGCCGAAAAUAUCACAGAAAACUGGCCGUCACUAAUCCUUGCAAUUAAAUCUGCAACUUUCAUUGCACUGGAUCUGGAAAUGAGUGGUAUUGGCAACAGAAAGGAUACAAUGACAAGAGACUCCAAUGAAAGAUACAAAGCAUUCUGCGAAAUAGCCAAAACUCGUUCUAUUCUGUCUGUUGGGAUCUCGUCGUUUAGUCUGCAACAACAUGGAGAAGAGUCAAACAACCCUGGAAAUAACAAGAAUUCUGAUUUCCUGGUCCAAACAUAUAACAUUAUGUUAUUGCGAAAAGACAGUUUUACUGUUGAACCAGGAUCAUUGAAGUUUCUUUUGGAACAUGGUUUUGAUUUCAACACACAUUACGCCAAAGCUAUUUCAUAUUCUUUACCACAAAAAAAGGAUCUUAAGGAUAGCUCUACAGAUUCAAAAUUGAUGUCAAAUGUGUUCUUUGAAAUGCUGAGGUCCAAAAAACCAAUUGUGGUUCACAAUGGUUUCCUUGAUUUAGUAUUUCUCUAUCAGAAUUUCUACUCUGAUUUGCCUUCAUCGUUAUUGACAUUCCUCGCUGACCUCUCGAUCAUGUUCUCUGCUGGAGUGGUGGAUACUAAGUAUAUAGCGGAAUUUGUCAUUGGAUGUUCCGCUACAUAUCUUAAUUACAUUUUCAAGAAAAGUUGGCGAGAAAACGUGGAAAAGAAAGCUGAUAACAGAUCUCACAUAAAAAUCGAGUGCUGUGAAUAUCCUUCUAAUGCUGACGUUUCCUUUAAUAGUAUCAGAAACAAAACGUCCAUAACUGCGGGCUCAACAUUUCCAUGUGAACAUUAUGCUGCUCAUGGUUAUUGCUCCAAAGGAAUGCAAUGUAAAAUGUCUCACGAUAUCGACGUUAUUUUAAAUUAUGAAGAAGAAAAGAAAUCAAAAAAGAAAAAGCGCAAACGAAAACGAAAAGAAAAAGACAAGAAAACAUUCCAGGAAUUGCCUGAAGACAAAACCAGAAGUAAUGAAGAUGGUACAAACGGCAUUUUUGAAGAAGAGUUUCCAGAAUCACCAUCAAAAUCACCGUUGUCAAAUUUACAUACCAAUAACCAACCAAUCAAUAGUGCUUCGGGAAAUCAUCGAGCUGGUUUUGAUGCAUUUAUGACAGGAUUUUGCAUGGCUUGUUAUCAUCAAAAGCUAAAAAAACACGAUGAUCGUGAAUUUGUUGAUGGUAUACCGGAAUUAAUUAACAAACUUAAUCUAAGCGGUAAAGACAUUCCCUUGAAAGUGGAAAAGAGCUCUUACUGCAAAACGUCAGCAAGUCACAAUGAAACAUGGAAAAGGGUCAUGAUGAAUACUUGAGAAUUGCGGAAGUCUUACAGCUUGAACGUUUUUUCCGGGGGAUGCGACAAAGGGUGACCAGGUAUCAGUAGAAUAUUUAAUGUAUGGUUACAACCUAAAACUAGUCCUUUUGAAAUCAAAAUUUUGGUUAUCCAUGUUGAGCGUAGUUAAGUGUCAACGAAGCAACACCCGUUGUUUACACUAAGAAUGAACGAGUAUGUUUUAUUCACUUGUGUACAAUUGUUAAAUGUCCUGCAGUAAAACAAUUUUAAUUACUUUGAACAUCAUCACUACAAGAGUCCGAUUAGAAAGAAAAAUGCAUUCACCUUUAAUCUCUGGCCUUUUUUAUGGUUUUGGAAACUUCCAAGAAGCACAAAAAAAAAACCUGAAAUAAUAUAUUUAAGAACACGAUGUUAUUUAUAAAAAUAUAUUAAAUAACGUUGGAAAUGUUUGAAAUAUUUCAAUCGUAAUUAUGUAUUCAGAAGUUGAGACAGAAUUUUUGUUUUACGUUUGUCUUGACCAUUUCGAAAAGCCAACAAAAACGUUCAAAAAUAUCCAUUUUUUCUAAAUGUCAGUCUCUGACGGAAAAGCUAAAAUUUGGUCAAAGCUUUCGUGGGGAUAUUAUAGCAAUAAAAUGGAAGACCAUGUUGAUUGCUUUAAAA